CUUCACUGCUCUCCUUACGGUCAAGAUGGCGAGCCGAAGACAGGCUAGUAAUAUUCGCGGCCCGCGAUCUGCACUGACGGAUUUCCUUGCUUCAAACAAUAUCUCCGCCGCCCAGAUUCGCGAUGACUACGACCGACGAGUGGCAGACGCUGCCCGCCAGGCUACAAACGAAGAGGAAGAUGGCGACGUUGACAUGGAAGAGCCCGAAUAUGAGCCAACACCAGAGCCGGACUCGCCAGAGGACAAGGCAAAGAAGCGCAAACGCCAACAAGCCAUUGAAAAGAUUAAGAAGAGCAAGGAGUUCGCCCGCCGCAAGGCUCGUCGGGUUGGAGAACCGGACGAUGACGAUGAUGCUCUGGCCAACGAGAUGGUGGACGAGAAAGAGCGGCCGGUUCCCGGACAACUAGAAAACUGCGAAGUCUGUGGCAAGCGGUUCACUGUCACCCCCUACAGCAAGGCGGGCCCCGAUGGAGGCCUCCUCUGCGCAGAAUGCUCCAAGAAGCAUGUCGACGGGGACAACAAGAAGGCUUCACCUAAGAAGCCCACACCUGGAAUUAGGCGGCGCCAAAAUCAAGCUGAUCUGCUGGAUGGACUGGUUUCCCAGGGCGCUCAGAGUCUACUAGAGACCUGCAUCAAGAAAGUGGCGGAAAACAUCUCCGAUGUGGAAGAGUUUGGCGACCUUCCGCCACCAGUGAUGCAACGCCUCAGCCAGAUUUUGGCUCGAAGACGAGCGAUCACCUCCACGACUUUGGAUCUUUUUCUACGCCCGCAGAACAAGGAGAUUGACAUUUACGAUUGUGCUAAGCUUGGUACCGAUGACUACCAUAAGAUCCUCGCCACCAUGCCAAAUCUCACUCGACUCAACUUGCGAUUCGUCACCCCAAUGAAGGAUCGCAUUUUCCAAUACAUGAUGGACCGAGAUAUGAACAUUCAAGACUUACAUCUAGAUUCACCAAAUUUGGUGACAGACGAAGUCUGGCGGGAGCUUUUCACUCGGCUGGGUCCGCGACUUCGGAGCCUAAAACUGUGGAACCUUGAUUCCGCCUUUGAUGACGAGACAGCCGAAGUCAUGGCCAAGAACUGCACACAACUUCAGCGUCUGAAGUUGAAGCAUCUCAACAAGAUUGGUGACAAAGCACUGGAAGCAAUCUCUACGAUGAAGACCCUGGAGCACCUAUCAUUGCAUAUCAGUCAGGAAACGACCCCCGAGCCUCUUCUCCAGAUUAUCACUGAGCUCGGUUCCAAUCUACGAUCCCUAUCCUUGGAAGAAUUUUACUUUGCAGAUGACAGGCUGCUCCAGCUAAUACGGCAGAAAUGUCGACGUCUGACCAAGCUUCGUCUUGCCAUAAACGCAGAAUUCACAGACAAAGCUCUAUCCGAUCUUUUCCACGAAUGGCCCAAUCCUCCCCUGACAUUCGCAGAUUUCCACCGUGUACGCGACGUGGAUAUGGCGAAUCCCGGUGGCCCACCCGAGCCCGUCGGCCUCGCAUCAAACAGCUUCAUCGCAUUGAUGGAGCACUCAGGUGCCAGACUCCAAAGUUUGAACGUCGCCUCUUGCCGCCACAUCUCACACGCAGCAUACGAAACAGUCUUUGGCGAGAACAAGCGUUACCCAGAGCUGAAGUAUUUGGAUAUUUCGUUUAAUGGCGUGGUGGAUGACUACUUGGCGCAGUGCAUCUUCCGAUGCUGCCCGGCUCUGACGAGAAUGGUUGUCUUUGGCUGCUUCAAGAUUCGUGAUGUCAAGGUGCCCCGGGGUGUCGCGGUGAUUGGUACAGUCGGUGCCAAAUUGACAAUCGAUGGGAUCACACAGAAGGAGCUGGUUUAACUGAGUCCGCCUGGUGGAUGACCGGCCGCUAUCGACUAUUUGAUAUUGACUUGAAGGGCUGGGAAAGUUUCAGACACGACGUUAUCUACGAUCUCUGGCUGUCCAGGCCUCCAAGUGAGACAUGCAUGAGCUAUGAACUUUUAUUUUUUUAAGCGAUUCAGGACUUGAUUUUGGCACGUGUAUUAUGUUUUUCUGGCUCAUACUAAAAAAGAAGCUUAUGAUAAGGCGGAUCCAUAUUCAUUG